AUGUCACGGUUGGGGUACACCAGGGAUCAGCUCUGAGCCCGUUUCUCUUCCUACACACGAUGGACGUCAUCACAGAAAAAGUCAUGGAUGGACCACCCUAUGUCAACACGACCCUCCUUACUUUUCGACACAACAAUUCCACUGGUGAAUGGGCCUUGUUCGUUCUUUCUAUAUAGAGUCAGCUCCGCCUCCUUUAUUUGUGAAAUGUUCAAAGGCAAACCAGCUUUCGUUGAAAUAAUCCAGCUGACUACCAGAUUGAGCCCUGCUUCAACUGUGACUGUGGCCAUAGGGGUGGCUCCGGUUACUACUGUAAUCCACGGGCUCAUUGGACCGGCACCGGCUCCAGUAAAGCAUUCUCCAGUUGCAUAAUAUAUCUCGUAUUCAUCGAAAUCGAUGAAUUCCACGCUGCGUGACUGCGCUGGAGCACGCCUCGAAAGACACGUUUGUGUGAUUUCCUUUACUUUACAAAGGGUGAUCUGA